AUGACGUCUUCAUCAGCGGCGGCAGCAGGUGGGGUGCGGGGCCUCCGCUACCCAGUGGGCCGCCAGGUACACACUUACCUGUUCCCUGUAAUUGAAAGGUCGACACACGAGGGCUGGGCGACGAUUAGCAUGUUAGUGCAUGGCGCGGACUCUGUGAUACGAAGCAGGCGGCGUCAACUGCGAGAGGAUAGGCCGAGUCUCCGCAGGAUAAGUCUGUGGGCGGUAGGAGGCUGCUUACUUCUUCGGGCCUUUGUAGACCGCAGGAAAAAUAACUCUGAAGCCACAACAUGGCCCCGAGAGCAGCUGCGCCGUCAGCAGCAGAAGCAGGACCGGCCUUCACUGCAGGCCAGCGGGGCUCCCGGCGGGGGAGGUGGGGGAGGCGAGGGAGGCGCGGGCGGCGGCAUGCUCGGGCUGGCUCGAUGA